AUGUGUGGCACCGCCUCUAAUGCUGAAGGUGGAACGUCGCGCGCACUGGUGACCGCUUCAGAAACGGAACAAGAUUGUGUUCUGCGAUUGGCGGUCGAUGUGGACGGUUGCUUUCGAGUGGGUAUUCACCUGGUCACGGCUCUGCUCGAGGCGAAUCGAAUGGCCUCUAUCUCAAACAUGCACCAUCCGUCCAGUUGCGAUUGGAGGAACGAUCAAUGUGGUGCGAACUCGGUGUCUCCGCCGAGUGCUGUGUGGAUCGCACCGAAAAUUUGUGACGCUCCGAACCCAAAAUUGUUUGACUGCUUUCGAUUUAUAAAUCCACGUCGAUACCAUGAUUCCGAUCNGACGUCCAGCGGAACGAUGGUGCCUUCUGAAUACGACCUGUUGCUGACCGAUCCCGCUUACUUCACAAUGAACUAUGAAUCGAUUGUUCGACGGCAAUUUGUAUGCUGCUUCAUUGUCCAAGACAUCCACACCGUAUCCGCACAUACUGGAUUUCGUGAGAAGAUGUCCGCUUAUCUACAACAACCAGGUAGCCCGUCCUACCGAGCCCGGGUAAGAUAA